AUGUCUCUGAGGGCGGAAGCCUUCGUCUCCCAGAUUGCAGCUGCAGAACCUUGGCCUGAAAAUGCUACAUUAUAUCAACAACUGAAAGAGGAGCAAAUUUUACUUUCUGACAAUGCAGCUUCUCUUGCUGUUCAGGCCUUUUUGCAAAUGUGUAAUUUGCCUGUCAAAGUGGUUUGUAGGUCAAAUGCAGAAUAUAUGUCACCAUCUGGUAAAAUACCUUUUAUUCAUGUGGGAAAUCAAGUUGUUUCAGAGCUUGGUCCAAUAGUCCAGUUUGUUAAAGCGAAGGGCCAUUCACUUAGUGAUGGACUGGAUGAAGUCCAGAAAGCAGAAAUGAAAGCCUACAUGGAAUUAGUCAACAAUAUGCUGUUGACUGCAGAGCUGUAUCUUCAGUGGUGCGAUGAAGCUACAGUAGGGGAGAUUACUUAUGCUAGAUAUGGAUCUCCUUACCCUUGGCCUCUGAAUCAUGUUUUGGCCUAUCAGAAACAAUGGGAAAUCAGACGUAAGAUGAAAGCUAUUGGAUGGGGUAACAAAACUCUGGACCAGGUGUUGGAAGAUGUUGACCAGUGUUGUCAAGCUCUUUCUCAGAGACUGGGAACACAACCAUAUUUCUUCAACAAGCAGCCUACUGAACUAGAUGCACUGGUAUUUGGUCAUUUGUAUACCAUUCUUACCACACAAUUGACUAAUGAUGAACUUUCUAAGAAGGUGAAAAACUAUAGCAACCUCCUUGCUUUCUGUAGAAGAAUUGAACAGCAUUAUUUUGAAGAUUGUGGUAAAGGUAGACCAUCUCUCAGGUUGUCCUAAAGUUCCUUUUUAAUUUAAUUUUUAAAAUCUAACUUUGGAAAUAAGUAUCAUUGAAUGCUACAAUAGAAAAUGAUAUCAGCGUUUUAAAACCAAAAACACUGUUUUGGAAACCUCAAAACAAAUUAUUUAAUGUCUCCUUUAUGUACUUUCUAUAAUUUUUCUGUACACAUUAAAAUAAUUUCUUAAUUAUUCCAAUUGAUUUAAUCUAUUGAAAUUUUUGUUUCCUUGAAACGUAUAUGAAUAUAGAAAAAAUAAAGCUUAA